AUGGAGGCCGCCGUCCAAGCGUAUGAGGAGGCCCUGCAUAUCCACGAGCACCUGAAGACCUUGGAGUCGCCUGAGGGUGCCACGCUUCUCUCGAACAUUGGCGUUGCGCGCCUUCGGCAACGCAAGAAGAAAGCUGCGAAACAGGCUUUCGAGCGAGCACUUUCGAUUCGAGAGAAGACCGGCACGUUGGAGACAUCCGCCGGAGCCACCCUGCUCACAAACAUUGCAGACGUGCAGGAACUUUUUGGUGAUGUCGAGGGUGAGCUCAGGUUGUAUCUACAGGCCAGAGACAUUCGCGAGAAGACUGGUACCUUGGAUUCCUCUGCCGGCGCAGUGGUGUUGUCGCACAUUGCGGGCAUCUACUCCAAGCGAGGAGACACUGCAGAAGCUCUUUCCUGGUUCGCACGUGCUCGUGAGGCACGCGAGAAGUCCGAGACCCUGGAAACCGAUGCUGGCGCAAAGCUGCUGGCCAAAACAGCAGAGCUGCUGGGCCGCGAGGACCGCAGCGCGGCGGCUGCUCUUCUGGAGGAGGCCUGGCAGAUCCGUGUGCGCUCUGAGACCCUACACUCGGAAUCUGGCUUAAAGCUGUUGAGCUCUCUGUGCAGCACUCGCGCGGAUCUCCACGAACACGAUGCAGCCGAAGAGGUCUGGAUGGCAGCGAAGGAUGUGGUGGAGGCCAUGGGCGACUUCUCGAGGAUGCCUGGAGUCAGGCUCCUUGAGCUACAUGGGGACCUCAAGCGGCUUCGUGGGGACCCACAGGGCGCUUGCGAGGCAUGGGCCGCAGCCGCCUCAGUGCGGGCGACGCUGGGAAAGGUCACUGGAGCACCGGCGGCCGAUCUCUACCUUAGGCUUGCAGCUGUUUGCGAGGACUUAGGGGACGUGGCGCUCUCGGAAGAGUACCAGGAACAAGCUUUGCUGGCCAGGGCCAAACAAACGCCCAAGAACCAGAACCUGAACACUACGCAGUCAUUUUGGAUGUCGGAGACCUCACCCAGCUCACCGUAG